CUGAGAUUUCCUGUAGUAAGAUAGGGGAAAGUCUCUGUGAAAGUCCUUGUCUGCUUCAUCUUCUUGCACAAGCUAUUUGCUGACACUUCUGCUUUCUCUCUCUUCAGAUUCCUGUCUAUUAAUUCUGCUUUUGGUUUUAGCAUAAACCAUCUGGGUCAGACUCUGGACAGAAGACAAACCUUAUUAGAGUCUCCUUCCUCGCUGCUGGAUAAUGAAUCAAGUUGUCUCAUGACAGAUCCAAAGUAGAACAGACUCACUUUAAGGAUCCUAGCAUCUCCUGAUAGUUCUGGCAUGUUUUAAGACCAUUCAUAUAUGUCCUUUCAACUGUUUAUGGUAUCCAUCAACGCUCCUCCAUUUGGCUUUCACGAAGGAUAAAGUCUUUUCUGGGGAAGGUAGCUCAUGAGACAGACAACGGACUUGCUUCUUUCCAGAUUGCUCAACUACUUGCGGAGACUUCAGUUCUUACAGACCUAAAAUUCCUGUCCCCUAAAAAAAUCCACUUGCAACAUGAUACCCAAGUAUGGAAGAGCCUGGCAAGGUGUGGUUUUGCCUUCCAAGAAGAAGAAUUUGGUUUCUCCUCUGGUGACUCAGAUAAUCCUGAUUCUUGCCUUUUGCUGCAAUGGUAUGCUGAGCCAACAGGGAUCAAGUUUCACACUGACAGUGGCUCGAUAUGUCACUGUGCAGCGGAACAGUUGUGUUCACAUCGGUUGCCAAUUCACAUACCAAAUUCAUGACAGGAGGGAGACGCUUUCUGCUUACUGGUUUAAAAUACAUGCAGAAAAGAAAACAUGCCAAAACGGCAAAUGCAUUCCUGGUUUCCUUGUGGCCACCACGAAUGGUAAAAGGAUGGUUGAGGAAUCUGCUAAGAACCGUUUCCACUUCAUAGGAGAUCCAAACCAAGGCAAUUGCUCUCUUAUCAUCAUGAAUGCCAAAGCCGAAGAUGAGGGAGAGUACUUCUUGAGAAUUGAAGGAAAUCGGGGAUUGGGGUACAGUUAUGUGGAUUCAAGUGGUUAUACACAACCUUCCAUUUCUCUGAAAGAUCAGCCACGAGAUGUCCAAAUCACGUGGAGCAUAAAUGACGUCUCCCGCCAACAAGGAACUACAGGCCCCAUAUUGGCUCAAGAAGGUGAUGCAGUUAAAUUGGUGUGUGCGGCUGAGAGUAAUCCAGAUUCCUUUCUGAAUUGGAAAAAGGGGAACAAUGUUCUCCCUGCGCAAAGCGGAAUAUAUAUGAUUUCUCAGAUCAAACCAGAAGAUACUGGGGAGUAUCAGUGCCAGGCAAAAAAUCAGUUUGGUUCAGCCGGCCAAACCAUCCUUGUGACUGUUCAGUAUUCACCAAGAAAUGUGACAUUCAGCAUCACUCGAAUUUCCAGGAGAGACCCUGACCUUUCUCAAGGUUUCCCCCCAGAAGUGGCACAUGGCAACAAACUGAUGGCUCAGGAAGGGGAGUCAUUGCGCAUACUGUGCCAGGUGGAUAGCAACCCUUCUGCCAGCACCCACUGGAUCAACCCAAGUGGGAAGACCUUGAAACAUGAUAGCUUAUUAGAACUGACUGAAUUGACAGUUGAAGAUGAGGGUGGAUAUGUGUGCCAUGCCGAAAACAUUAUAAAUUCAGCUCAGAAGACUUUCCAGCUCUAUGUAGCAUAUGCCCCCAAGCUCACUGAAAACCCUCAAAGAAAUGCUACAUGUUGGCACCAGGACAACAGCUUUUUCUGCCACUGUUCCUUCAUGGCCCAACCUCCACCACAGGUUCAGUGGCAAGUAGAUGGGGAAACUAUAACCGAGAAGAAGAGCAACAAGAACCAAAAGGUCACUUCUUUAAUCCAGAAGAAUGUGGUCACCAGCACCCUCAACUGGACAGGCAAUCUGGAGGUGGAACACAAUAUCGUAUGCAUUGGGCACAAUUCCUUUGGGACCUACAGAAUGCAGCUCCCCUUCAGUGCCUUGGGAGCCUCCAUCACCACAGAGUCUUACACAGGAAACCCUGCAACUGUGCUCAUCUCUGGAUUAUGUGGAGCCUUGCUGGGAGUUGGUUUCUUCAUGCUGGGCCUAUGUUUGCUCAAAUUUUAUAGGAGGAAAUCACCACCGAAAGCAAGCUGUGAGGAGAUGGUGGACCCCACAAAUUCUGGGUACCUGAAGCCCAACAACAAUAGCCUAAUCUACAGCAACAUUUUGCCUAUUGGUCAAAGGACUCCCCAUGUGGGUCAGCUCAAGACACCUAGGCAGAAAAAUGUGAAACAAGAGCAGAUUCCUAAAGUUCCUGAUCUGACCAGAAAUACAGUAGACGAGGUCCACUAUGCUGCCUUGGAGUUUAAAAACUCAAAUCUCAGUCCUCCAAUUGCAGAGGAAGAAACAGUGGAAUAUUCAGCAGUCAGAAGGAAAUAAGACCUUAUUCCUAAUCAGGCAUGAACUAGACUAUUGAGAGUGAGCAGGUCCUCUGAUGAAAAGAGCUCACUCGGACAUCAAUGCCAGGCUUGAAUGAACAGAUUGUUUUUCAUCAAGGAGUUGGAGAUGGACGUGGUAGAGGAAGAGCAAGCAACCUUUGACUUCUAUGUUCUCCAAGAAAUCAUUAAUACACCCUGUCACCAAUAGAUAGGGCAGGAGAAACCUUAAGACAUACUUGAUAUAGCUGGAAGACUCUUAUUGAAACUUCAGCUUUUUUGACCUGGUUUCCAUGCGUCCAUUAGCUAGAAAGAAGGAACCAGAAGAAGAUGUUGAGGACUUAGUUAACCAUCUUCUCAACAGUAAGCAAAAAGCAUUGAUCAAUGGCUAGAUUCCUUAUUUGUAAAUCUUGUCUUGCCCAAAGCAAUUGGUCAAACUAACGUGAUAAGCAAAUAUUCACUAUCUUGUAGUAAUGGGUUGGAUAAAGUAAUGCCUAUGGUGGCGAAGUACAUUAAAGCACUGAGCUGGAGACCGAAAGGUCCCAGGUUCAAACCCCAGGAGCAGCAUGAGCAGCCGCUGUUAGCUCCAGCUCCUGCCAACCUAGCAGUUCGAAAACAUGCCAAUGUGAGUAGAUCAAUAGGUACCCCUCCGGCAGGAAGGUAAAGGCGCUCCAUGCAGUCAUGCUGGCCACAUGACCUUGGAGGUGUCUACGGACAACACCGGCUCUUCAGCUUAGAAAUGGAGAUGAGCACCAACCCCCAGAGUCAGACAUGACUGGACUUAACAUCAAAGGAAACCUUUACCUAUGGGCCACCAGAAGCUUCCUGAAACCCUCAAGGGUAGUUUUAAAUUUCUUUUCAUUUUUUGCUUACAAAUAUCCCCCACAAUAUCCUCUGGGGUGUUCUUGGAGAAUUGCCACAAUGUUUUGAGCCCUUCCUAGGCCAAUAUGUACUAAGGAGGUGUAGUUUUUGAAACAGGAGGUGACGUCUGUUCAUUUCCCGUUGUUAAAAAAGGCCUGUCAUAGAUCUAAAAUGGUCAAGGAAGGCCCAACGCCAUAGGGAAAAUGCCCCUCUGUUGCCCACAUGGGGGCAAACAAUAUUUUGUUGUGAAGGAAUGAUAUUGAGGUAGACCAUAGAAUGUUGGUUUGAGAAAUUCAGAUUUUUAAAAUAAGAAAUAUGUUCUGCAGCUCUAUUUUUAGCAAGUGCACAUGUUUUCGAAGCUGUGCUUUUAAACUGCAUUAUUUUAUAUAUGAACCAUAUUUUGUUGUACACUCCAUACAAAACUAUGUAAAAUUUCAGUAUAGGCAUUCUUUAGUAUUGGCUAGAUCAUCUCAACCAAGCACAACAUAAAUAACUGCCAAAGGAAUUUCUUCGAUGCAUGAACUUAAUAUCAAGGGAGAAGGGAUUUCAUAUAAUCUGGUUCAAAGCAGAUAAUGUGGAUUAUCUGCUUUGAACUGGAUUAUUUGUCUAUACUGCGGUAUACUCCAGUUCAAAGCAGAUAAUCUAUAUUUUAUAGGGCAGUAUAGAAGGGGCCUAUGGGCCUUUCCACACUGCUCCUAUAUCCCAAGAUCUAAUCCCAAAUUAUCUAUUUAUCCCACGUUAUCCAGCAGUGGGGACUCAUAUAUUCCAGUUUAUAAAAUGAUAAUCUGGGAUCUGAUCCUGGGAUCUAAGAGCAAUGUGGAAGGGCCCUUGGAGAAUACCCCCCUAGGAAUCUCUAGGGCCCUUCUACGCUGCCUCAUAAAAUCCAGAUUAUGUUAUUUAAAACUGGAUUAUAUGGCAGUUUGGACUCAUGUAAUUCAAUUCAAAGCAGCUAAUGUGGAUUAUUUUCUUUGAUAAUCUGGAUUAUAGGGCAGUGUAGAAAGGGCCUAUGUCUUCUAGUAUGAUACUAUGAUCAAGUCCAAAAAAAAAUUAAGGGAUUCCUAAAGAAAUGUUCAUCCAAAUAAAAUAAAAAAGCAAUCUGAUUA